CAGAGCGUAUAUUGAAUUAUUCGCACGAGUGUUGCCGCGAGAGCGUAAAAAGGAAACUCGAGACGCAGCCGCUGCCAUUGUCGGUCGGUUGGUUAGCGAAUUUCGUUUCGCCUCCUGGAGAAGUGUGAGUGUCCGGUGAGCCAGGGGAAGGCGUAGAGUGGGAGGCGCGCACACCUGUGCAUACUACAAACCUGCCGCACGCAGCGCCGCUCGCGAGAGGAUUCCUGUGUUGCUGCUGUGCCGCCGCUCUUCCCAAAAAGCAGCGCAGACAAGCAAGUCCGUCAGACUGGCAGCCAAGUCAGUCCGUGUGCGCGCGGCCUUGGGAGCAGUCGCAGUCGGCGAGUUCGUUAAUCCCCAGGCGAAAAGUGCGUGAAUGUUCUGGCUGGCGGAAAACGGGCAGGAUUUUUGCACAAACGAAACUUCGGCACCAAAAAAGUCCCAGCAGGACGUAUUGAAUUAUUCACCUGCCCGCCGGAGGGAAAUUCGAGAAGGAGCUUUGCGUGAAGAGUGCCUGCGGAUUCGGCGGCCACUCAUGACGGGCCAGGUUCGACGCUCAUUCGCAGUAACUUAUCCCGUAAAGUGAAAUCUGUGUGUUGGAUGCGGCGGGCGUGAAGUCGCAGCAGCGGCCGCGUGAUGCCUGUGCGCUUCUGCCUGCUCAUGCUGGCGACUACCUGCACAAUCACCACAGUUCUUUCCAAGGCCUCGUUUUACCACGACUCGACGGGCUCCGAUUUCUCCCUCACGUGCUUCACGUGCGUCAACGUGUCGGACAAUGAGAUUUGCAACCAGUACGCGAUCGACCGGCCCUGUCCGGCAGGGAAAACUUUUUGCCACACGCUGCACGCGAUGGGACAACUGGGCGAUAGCUGGUUGGUCAACAAGAAAUGCGCCGACCGCUCCGAGUGCACCCAGGCCGCCGUCGGAUGCUCCAGAAGCGACGGACAAACGGUGUGCGUUUCUUGUUGCGACGAGCCGUACUGCAACGAGCCAGUGCCUCGGAAUAACUCAACGGCGAUUCUCCGAAACACAAGGAACUCUGCUCGAGUCAAAAGUGCGACGGACGCCUCCACUUUGGUGCUUCUCUGUUUGAGCGCGAUGUGGGCCAGGUCACAAGUGACCUAGCAGCCCUGGCUGGAUCGACUCGACCAAGUCCAGAUCGGUGCCUUUCCUGAGAUUAAAAUAGAACGCUCGGUUUUGAAAUAGACUACUCUACUUCUUCCUCUGCGAGUGCUUUUUGUAUUUGUAAGAAAAGAAAAGUCUGUUGCCAAAAUACCACCUAUUAUAUUAAAACCCUGUUGUUAAUGUUGUUCAACUCACACACGCACACACACUAAACACACGAGUGAUCAACUUCCGAGAGAAAUAUUGACCAAAAGUGUGCAGAAUGAGAGUCGUCGCGAAAUUCGCUUCCUGCCUGUUCAAAUAAAAGGGAAUUCUCGUCGGCUCUUUUGCUGCCUUGUUUAAACAGAAACUCUCGCGCCGAUAAACACGGAUAUGCUAACUAGUCUCCAAACUAACAAACAAAAACACCCAAACACAUUAAAGUAUGUAUUUAAACAAAAAGCCCACUCACUAUAUACAUGAGAAAAUAAAAAGCCCCGCCGCUGUGUGUUAAUCAAUUUUCAUAAAAACAAUUAAAUGUGCUGAUUUUCCCUUUUUUAAAGAAUUUUGCCAGUGCAGAAAUAUGUGCGGGUGCGGCGCCAAACCGAUGUCAUAAAACUAGUCACACAAACACUGUAUAAAUGCUGAUGUUGUCAAAGGAUAAAUAUAAAAUGCUUUGAUGAAUCAAUUAGGACCAUUCUGAAGUCAGAAUUGUAAAUGCCGGCUCGUCAGUGUAUAUCUGUACAGGAUUAAGUUAUUUUAUUGUUAUAUUAAAAUGGAUUGAAUAAAAUGAUUGAGUUAUGAGAAUAUUAUCC